CGUCCGCCCGACACUCCAGCCGUGCCGACCGACGCCUAUGUGCCACAGACAUCUCCGGGAGUACCAGAGAAUGAGUCUGCUGCAAAGAACCUCAAAAGAAAAAAAAUCACCGAGAAGAAGAUACAUUUCCAAAACAGACUAGGACUGCUUGAUGUCCUCUUGAAUUUGAUGAACAGACGCACUAAAAAAGUAAAAGAGGCUCCAAAGAAGGCUGAAGAGUGAGGGUGGAAGUUGAGCUACAAACCUAGCAUAUUGCUACCUCUGUCCGUAAUACUUUUGGAUUUUGGUGGGAUAAAGAUGCCAACAACUCACGCAUUCGAAGAACCCGGCCUUCCGUUCACCGCGCUUGGUGUUUAGCGUGCAUACUUUAACGGUGAUUGAACUCCGACAUCCUGAAGAUAGCCUCAGUCAACGCCAACCUUUUGUGCCUAUACCUGCCCGCCUGGCUGAUCUGACGGAAGAAGGAUGUUGCAGGGCCUGAGAGCCUGGUUGUGGCAGGACUGGAUUUGGUUCCCACCGGGCCUGGGAUGGGCAGAUCUCGAGAGCCGUGAUGGCAAGGUGUUUGGCCACACUGGGGAUCUCUUGGUGACCCUGCCAAUUGCACUAUGCUUCCUCAUCAUCCGCCAAGUCUUCGAGUGGAAAGUAGCCACUCCUCUGGCCUCGCUGCUGGGGGUCAGAGAGGAGGUACGCGUCCACGCCUCCCAUAAUCCCUUGCUGGAGUCCUACUUCAGAUCCACAACCAAACACCCCAAUCAGAGUGCGGUGGAAAGCUUAAGCAAACAGGCCGGGUGCUCGGAACGUCAGGUGCACAGAUGGUUCCGCAGGCGACGGAACCAAGAGCGGCCCAACAAGCUGAAGAAGUUCCGGGAGGCCAGCUGGAGAUUCACAUUUUACCUUCUUGCUUUCUUUGCUGGCCUGGCUGCCGUAAUCGACAAACCCUGGUUUUAUGAGAAGGAGGAGAUGUGGAGGGAUUUCCCCAAAAUGCCUCUGUUGCCGUCCCAGUACUGGUACUACAUGAUCGAGCUCGGCUUCUACAUCUCUCUUCUCUUCAGCGUGGCGACAGACGUCAAGCGCAAGGACUUUAAGGAGCAGAUCAUUCAUCAUAUGGCCACCAUCAUGCUUCUCAGCUUCUCAUGGCUUGUCAACUACAUCCGGGCGGGCACCAUGAUCAUGCUGAUUCACGAUGCCUCGGACUACCUGCUGGAGUCAGCAAAGAUGUUCAACUAUGCAGGAUGGAGAAAGACAUGCAACUACAUUUUCAUCGUGUUUGCGAUGGUCUUCUUCAUCACCAGACUCAUCCUCUUCCCCUUCUGGAUAAUGCACGCCACCAUCGUGUACCCCCUGUCCCUGUACCCCACCUUCUUCGGGUACUACUUCUUCAACGGCCUGCUCAUGAUAUUGCAGGGUCUGCACAUCUUCUGGUUCGGCCUCAUCCUGCGUAUGGCCAUCAAGUUCCUGCCCGGAAACGAUAUUGUGGAAGACGAGAGGAGUGACCGAGACGAAACGGACGAAUCGGAGGACGAGGAAGAGGAGAAGGACGGGAAGACGAAGAACGGACCAGUCCAGAAUGGCCACUCAGUACUCAACAACAACCACCGCAAGAUGGACUGACAUGGGAGAGUCCGGAGGGGAGAGAAAGAGAGAGGGAGAGAGAGAGACAGAGGGAGAGGGAGAGAAAGAGAGAGAGAGGAGGCAGAAGGAAAGAAACGAGCAUCUUUCUUUCCUUCGUUAAUUCAGUCUUUCUGAUUCUCUCUUCCUCUUCCUCCUCCUCCUCUUCCUCAUACUGACCAGACCAAGAGACUAUUAAGAGGGAUGCAGAGAGAAGUAACUCAUUUGUGCUUACAUGGAUAGCAAUGCUCCACACCCAACACACCCACACACACACACACACACACACACACACACACUCUCUCAAACCACAGAGGCACUCCCUAAUACAUACACACACACACACACACACACACACACACACACACACACAUACUCUCAAACCACACAGAGGCACUCCCUGAAACACACACUCACACACUCACAGACACAGGUUAAUACCCAUACUGUCGUCCGUGUUUAAACACACAUUUUGAAGAACUCCCUAAAAUAUGCUUGUGACACUAACGCUCCUGUCAUUCCCUCCAUAGAGCACACUACUUGGUUGUGCCGUGUGUGUGUGUGUG